AUGUCGGUCCCUGGAGAAAAAUACAUGUUCUUUCAAUACAAUCCCUCGACAGCCGCCGCCGUCGUCUUCGUAGUUCUAUUCGGCAUUUCCACCAUCCUCCACACCUACCAACUAAUCGCCAAGCGAACAUGGUACUUCGUUCCCUUUGUCAUCGGAUGUAUAUUUGAAACCAUAGGCUACAUUGGGCGUCUUCUCGCGUCUCAACAACACUAUGGCGACUGGACCAUCGGACCAUACGUCAUGCAAUCGCUUCUCAUCCUCCUCGCACCGGCCUUCUUCGCCGCAUCCAUCUACAUGGUACUUGGACGGAUCAUCGUGCUCACCGACGGCGAGCAAUAUUCCAUCAUCCGAGCUCGUUGGUUGACCAAGCUCUUCGUUGCCGGGGAUGUCAUUUCCUUCCUCAUGCAAUCCGCUGGUGGUGGUAUGCUCGCCAGUACCAAGACGGCUUCUGGUGUCCAGACCGGUGAGAAUAUCAUCACGGGUGGUCUUGUUGUCCAAGUCCUUUUCUUCGCCUUCUUCAUCGUCACGGCGGGUAUUUUCCAUUAUCGCAUUACUCGAAGACAAGGUGGAGCUUCUGCUUCGGGGAUACCUUGGCAACAAUACUUGAUGAUUCUUUAUGUCGCCAGUACUUUCAUCAUGAUUCGAUCGAUCUUCCGUAUCGUGGAGUAUGCUCAGGGAAAUGAUGGAUAUCUGUUGUCGACUGAGGUAUUCAUCUAUAUAUUUGAUGCUACUCUGAUGUUCUUGGUUGUGGUCAUCUUCAAUCUUCGUCAUCCAAGUGCUAUCAUUCAAGGAAAGAGUCAUAAAUAUGAGACCCCCACUUCCACAGGAAGCAGAGAUGGAGUUACUCUACAUGAUAGAAUUCCUUCAAAGAAACACAGAAGUCAACAAUAUUCUCGAGAAUCCGUCUAG